UUAAUCUAGAUGAAAUAAUCAUUCACCAAAAGAAAAUGUCAUCUAAUUUUUAGUGGUUGCUAUCCUUUUUUUUUUUUUCUUCUGUUUAAUUUUGUUUGGUGGGGGAAGGGUUGUAUUUUGAGUAGCUGUAGUUAGUUGGUCGAUUUUGUGGCCGUCAGUAAGAUUCUUCCCCGGGGGGGGAAAAUGUGGGAAAGUAGAUACGCUGUUUCUAUUUUAAUUUAUGCUCCGUCAAAUGUUUGUUUGGAGUGUUGUUUUCAAAUGGAAAUGUGUUUCCUGCUUUUCUUGGCCUGGAUCUGUAAGUAGUUAUUUCCUUGCAGCACUGUGUGUGAGGGUUUUGUCUUUCAGGCUGGGGUGGCCCAAAAUAUUUUAAAGGUGGCAACGGUGACAUUUCUUUGCGAUGGUGGUGAAUUGAGAGCCAUUCAAGUGAAGAUUAAGAUUUUACAGAAUCCUACGGAUCCGGAUCCUCUCCAAUCCUCUCCCUCUCGUCUCCCCAGUGGUUACAUUCUUUGGCCAACUGUAAGGCACUUAAUGUUGCUGUUGCGGUUGUAACUGGUACAUGGCGAUGAGUGUCUACAUCAGUCUCCUGUGAGUUACUUGCUUGUGAGUCGGUUCUGGACCAAUCAGCCUAUUCUUGGCGCCCCGCUAAGAUUAAUUCCGGACGUGCAAAGCUGAGGACUAGUUGCUGAGGCUUUCUAAGAGGAACCUUUUUUAUUCUCAGGGGAAGACGGCAUGGGAGGAGGUCAUUCCAAACCUGAAUGCAACAACAACGAACAAAGCACCAACACAGUAGCCCCAACACCUCCGUUCUCCUUCUGGGAGCGCACCAACAUACAGUAUUUGCUCUUGGCCUUUUUUGCCGGGGUCCUGCUCACGCUGCUGCUGUUGGCCCUUAUCUUCUUCGUCAUAAAGAGCUACAGGAAACGUCACUCUAGUCCCUGCACCCUGGAUCCUCCCUUCGAUCCUCACUCUGGCCAAGAUCCUCCGGCCAAGCUUUCAUCCCCAGAGGAAGCACUCACCUAUGCUAGCAUGACUUUCCAAAUCGCAGAAAAGAAUCAUCACCUGACUGAGAAACAUUCUGCAGGCUUGGAUCCGGUUGUCUACUCUCAGAUCAAAGUGACAAACUCACCCGACCUUUCCAGGGAGGCUUGACGCCAGUCCCUCUUAUCUCAGCUCCGUCUUUAUAUAUCACUUUCCCUUUGGACAAAUUUGGGACCACAGCCUGACCAGACUACAGUUGGAGUUGUUGGGGUGUGAUCUGGCCAAGUUAGCCAGCAUGUUUGAAGACCAAGGGCCCAAUUUUCCCUUGACCUGAGAAAAGAUUGCUGGCCCGGCCGCUUGAACGGACAGUCUGAUAGCCCUUCAAGGGCUGAGACUGCCUCACUCGUCCCCUUUCAACGAGUGUGGUAGUACAGAGCUCAGGGCACAAAGAGUGUUCACUCAGGGCCGCUGAUCAGUUUGGGAGAAGUCAACCAACUGGGCAAGUUAGCAAGAAUUACGAAUAAAAGCAAACCCCCUGCAAAGCUGGCCCCUCCUGCAUCAUGCAUUUGUCUGUCCCCGUCACCUCCAAAGACGCAGAGCUCAUGCACAGCCAGAAGCCUAACAGAGGUGACGGGACUCCAGAUCAAGUUCAGGAUUGAUUGGGGCACAGGUCUCAAGCUCUGCACCAACUAGCUGCAUUCUUUUGGGUAAGUGUGUGAAACUUUUUUUUUUUUGAUUUUUUAAAAUGUUUAUUUUUGAAAGAGAGAGAGACAGAGCGUGAGCAGGGGAGGGGCAGAGAGAGAGGGAGACACAG